AUGAAGUUCCUACUUAUCCUGUCCUUCAUAGGAGCAGCAGUUGCUUCCUCCAGUGAUGAUGAUAAGAUCGUUGGGGGUGAAACAUGUCUGGAGAGUUCUGUACCUUUCCAGGCAUCUCUGAAUGCUGGUUACCAUUUCUGUGGUGGCUCUCUCAUCAAUGAACAGUGGGUGGUGUCUGCUGCUCACUGUUACCAGUCAGGUCGCAUCCAAGUAAGACUCGGAGAGCACAACAUUGAGGCCACUGAUGGAAAUGAACAAUUUAUUCAGUCAGAAAAGGUCAUCCGCCACCCUCGCUUCAGCUCCUGGACUCUAGAUAAUGACAUCCUGCUGAUCAAGCUGAAAACUCCUGCCAUCCUUAAUGAUUAUGUGAAUACCAUCUCCCUGCCCAGCGCCUGUGCCCCUGCAGGCACCGAGUGCCUUAUCUCUGGUUGGGGCAAUACCGUGAGCCCCGGUGCCAACUACCCUGAUCUGCUUCAGUGUUUGGUUGCCCCUAUCCUGUCUGAAGCUGAUUGCAAGGCCUCUUACCCUGGAGAGAUCACUGACAACAUGGUCUGUGUUGGCUUCCUGGAGGGUGGCAAGGAUUCCUGCCAGGGUGACUCAGGUGGCCCUGUGGCCUGUAAUGGAGAACUCCAGGGUAUUGUCUCCUGGGGCUAUGGCUGUGCUCAGAAAAAUAGACCUGGUGUCUAUACCAAGGUCUGCAAAUAUGUGGAUUGGAUCAAGGCAACUAUUGCUGCCAACAGCUAA